UUUCUUUCUUGGUAUAUAAAUGCUGAAGUUGGCCGAUUUAAAGUAUCAGUUAUUUAGCUGCUUCAAAACAUCCACCAACUCAACAACAUGAAGUUCUUCAUCCUCGCCACCUUCAUUGCCAUUGCGUCUGCCAACACCGGAUACCCGGCUCCAUCUUAUCCAGCCCCCGGUUAUGCUGCCCCAGCGUACAAAGCUGAGUCUUACCCCCCUCAGCCAUACAGCUUUGCCUGGGAUGUUAAGGAUGCUGAAUCCAAAAACGACUACGCUCACUCCGAGAGCAGCGAUGGCAAAGUCACCACUGGAUCUUACCGUGUUGCCCUCCCCGACGGUCGCACCCAGAUCGUCACCUACCGCGCUGACGCUUACGGAUACGUAGCUGACGUUAAAUACGAGGGACAGGCCAAAUACCCUGAAUACAAACCAGCUGCCUCUUAUCCUGCCCCAGCUUACAAAACUCCAGCUUACCCCGCUCCAGCCUACCCUGCUCCGGCUUACCCCGCCCCAGCCUACAAGGCUCCAGCUAAGUAUUAAAAGGCUAUAUGAAUCGCAAUUCGAUUUUCGAAAAGAUAUAUUAUUUUAAUACCCACUGAUUUGUAAAUGUGUUGUUUGUGUGAAUGAAAUAAAAUAUGUAAAAGGUUGAAGAAAA